GAUCAAUCUCCGCCAUUGUGUUGUUUUUUUACAGUUCUUUGCCCUUGAAUGGCGUCUGUCAGGGGAAUUCCCCAGCUGACAUUUUGAGAAUGUGUAGGGUUACAUUGGUUGGUCUUCGCCUUUUACUAAUAAUAUACUUUAAACGACAAACCCGCACUAUUGUAGGAACAUGACAAAACUAUGAGGAAAAUCUGGUACAGUAUGCCCCCCAGGACUGACCCGCAGGGUGAGAGGUGAACGUUAAAGUCCCGAAACGUAUUAUUGUCAAAUCUACAAAGACUUUCUACUUGACGGCCUCAAGGGGUGAGACGUGUGAUAGACAAUCAUGGAUGACGCCACUAGGGGAUGGGACUGAACCUUCCUUACGUCAAACACUGAAAUGCAAAGCGCAUAUCAAAGAAAAGAAUUCGCAAAGGUCGGAGUUCAAAAGAGUAUGGAGACAUCAUAGCAGCUAGUCUACACCCACUAACUGAUGGAAACUAACAUAUAAAAGUUAUUGCAGUUGUUUGCACCAUUUUACUUUAUUGUCAACGAGAAAGUUCAUCUGGUGAGAAACUUCAGCCAUGACUGCGGGAAAACACAGCGUUGGAUGGAUGAUUUUGGAGCUGUUAACCUCUGUGAUUAUAUUUCUUGUCAUUUCUACAUAUUUGAGCUCGGAUGAUUAUACAGUAAGUUCCUCCAGCCCUCCAUAUGAGCACAUCCGAGUAGCAUGCACGCCAGGAUACGUCGCCUCCAAAGCAGCCAAAAUAAUCUCUAAUUACUCCCACAACCACACCACCUUCCUGCAGCUCAGCGAUUAUUUCUGGACAGUGAACAAGUCCUUGUACAGUUUGCCAUACGGCACCAAAGGAAGCGAGUUGGAGAUAAUGCAGGCCCUGGCACUCACCCAACAUUACCACCUACCGCAGGAGAUCGAGAGGCUGGAGUGUCGUCGCUGUGUUGUAGUCGGGAAUGGAAAUCGCCUCAAAAACAGUUCCUUGGGGGAGAUCAUCGACAGAUACAACAUAGUCAUCAGAUUGAACAAUGCCCCGGUCCAUAAUUAUGAGAAGGAUGUGGGCACAAAGACGACAAUGCGCUUGUUUUACCCAGAAUCUGCUUUCUUUGACCUGAGGUUGGACGCUAAUCCGGAGACUCUGAUGGUGCUGGUCCCAUACAAGAGACUGGACCUGCAAUGGCUAAAAACAAUUCUGAAUAAUGAGAAGAGGAUUAAAAAAGGUUUCUGGAAAAAGCCCCCAAUGAUCUGGGACGUGAACCCUGAGAACCUCCGAAUCCUGAAUCCCUACUACAUGGAGGUUGCCGCCUUAAGGCUCCUGGGAUUGAACAAAAAAAACAAUAAGCUUAUAAAACCCACCACCGGCCUCAUGGCCAUCUCUUUUGCCAUUCACUUCUGUGACUUGGUUCACAUAGCAGGGUUUGGGUAUCCAGCGCCAACUAACAAAACAGAAUUUGUCCACUACUAUGAUAAAACAUUAAUGAAGCAGCUGCUGGUAUCAGAACAUAAGGUUCCCCUUGAAGCCAUUGCAAUAAAAAAGCUCCUCAAACACAAUGUCAUUCACAAUCUGACUUACUUCUGACGUUGUGGAUAUGGAAAAUGAUCCUAGAAGCUUUAUAAGUACACUCCGUAAAAUAGACUUCUAGAGUUGGGCAUCAAUCACGUUGCUUCUUAGCAAUGAAAAUUCCAUAACGGUUCACCCUAUGUACCAUGUGUGAUUUAUAAUACUGCUGUAUUCUUAUGUAGCAAAGAGGAAUUGGACCCUUUUGUGACAUGACGGGGUGGUGUGACUGCUACCUCUGCAUCCCCUGUAGUUACACCAAUGCAUUUUAGGUCACCAAUCGGCUCCAACAUCAGAUCCAUUAGCUGAACCGGAGACGAGCAGCUGCUUCCAUCAGGCAGCCCAACAGCCACAUGCCGGUCAUCACAGACAAAGGCCCAGCACCACUGUGUCUCAUCACUCCCUUUGGGGACAACUGACCUCCAUUGUUGUAAUUGGUAGGGGUACGAGCAGUUCGACCCCCAGGUUGGGGGAGUUAACUCUUAUUCUUGGGGGUAACCCCUUCAAAGGCUCUGCUAUCGCCUUCUAACUGUGGUUAUGGCCAAACCUCCCCUCUCCAAUCUAUCCAGAAGACAGCAGCUAAGCUGUUAACUAUAAUGUGAUAUUAUAUUAUUUUCCAAUGCAUAACAUUACUAUAUAGGGUUUGAGUGUGUUAAUCGCUAUACAAUGUGCUAUGGUGGUCUGAGGUACACUGUUAACUAAAGAUAUACCGAAUUUAUCAGGGUAUACCCCGCACUGGCCUAUAGCAUGCACCCUCAUUUUUCCAAGGAAAUUUGGGUAAAAAAAGUUUUUUUUACCCA